UUCCCAAUAUUUGGAAUGUUUCUCUCUCUCUCUCUUACUCUUAAUUUUUCCUUCCCCUUCAUCUUCUCUUUUUCUCUUCCAAUCCGAAUUUCUGCAGCUCCUCAUUUUCUCUCCAUUCAAUUAACUUUUAUCAGCCCAUUAAUGUUUGGCAUCUCAUUUAUGGUUCUUGCAAUUCCCACUCACGGCCUCAUUAAAUCUGCUCGGUUAAAACGUGAUUUUUCUUUUCUGCUUCCAAGGAGGAAAAGGAGGAGUUUGUGCCUUGCAGUGUCUCCCAGUAUAUUCUUUCUCACUGAAAAAUUGGCUAGGCAGAGAUUGUGCUUGAACCUGAUUGCGGGAAUUCAAAUAGCUGAAGUGAUUCAGAUCAAAUUUGCUGAUCAUUUUUUCAGAUGAGGCAUUCUUUCAUUUUAGUUUUUGGUCCUGUCUGCAGGUUGGUGUUGUCGUUUCCUUUUUCACUCUUACUUCUAUCAAAUUUUCAUUGAUUAAAUUUUGUUUGUGUUUUCAUAAACUGAUUUGUUGGUAACUUGGUAUGCAUGUCUCUCCUUUAUAGAUGUUUUUUUGAUAUAGAAGGUUAACGUUUUUUUUGUUGUUGUAAGAUUCUUGAAGCUUGAAUUUCAUGAAAGACUCCAAAUCCACUACUGGCAAGUCUUUUAAUUGGAAGCAAAAUCUUUGGCAUCCUCAAACCUCAUGUUUGUUUUGGUUAGUUGGACCCCAUCAA